GAAUAACUAUGUCAUAUUUAUUAUCUAUUUAUUAUUAUUAUGUUAGUAUUAUAGCAUGUGUUGUUAUGAUAGGUAUUGUUUACGUGUAUGACCUAACGUGUAUUCAUUUCCAGUGAACAAUUGGGAAUUAAAAAUUUGAUGGGUUAACAGUAAACUUGACAACUCUUUGUCUUGGAAUAAUUUUGUUUCUGUCGGAAAAACAGGAACCAGUAGGUGACAUGGAACAGCUAGAGAAGUUCCAAAUUAUAUUCAACAAUCCACUGGCCACAUAUCAUGCUGGCGAUACUGUGUUUGGGUAUGGAUGGAUUGUCCUGAAGAAUUCCAUGUUUGUCCAAACUGUAUGUUUAGAAGCAAUAGGUGAAGCAAAGGUAGAAUGGAUGACAUCCAGUGACAUCCAGGCUUCAGAUGAAGAAGUAUUUAACUACACAACUGUCCUUCCUAUUAAAGGUGAGAAGGAUACAUCCGAUGGUGCUGUUUUACACUCAGGUUCACAUUAUUUUCCAUUUGAAUUCACACUACCACAGAAAGCACCAUCAUCAUUUAAAGGAAAACAUGGAAGAUUGCGAUAUUUUGCAAGAAUGACAAUUUGUACCCCAGGAGGACCCCAUCCAACAAGAACAAGCAAGUUUGCUGUGAUUGGCUGCUUAGAUCUGAACAAUGAACCUGAUGCUGCUUACCCAGUAGAGAAUGAUACAUUUGAAACAGUUGGAUCAUUUUGUUGUAUUGCUGGUACAGUAACAGCUUCCAUUAGAUUGGAGAAGAAAGGCUUUGCUCUCAGAGAUGCCAUACCAGUGUACGCAGAAAUAAAAAACCUCAGCACAAGACGAAUAUCACACACACAUGUUUCAUUAAUACAGAAUGUGACAUAUUAUUCAUACAGAGGAAGAUUUUCUGAGUCCACGACUUUAGUAACAGUGAGGAAGGGUAGUAUUGUACCGCGAGGUAAACAGACAUGGCAACGAGAACUAAUCAGCAUUCCUACAGCUCCACCAUCACAUCUGAGAGGGUGUAAAAUUAUAGAUGUCCAAUAUAGUAUAGAGCUGUGUAUCAAGCCAUCAGGAUUUGCCAGGAAAGUGAAACUCCCUGUAGACAUUUUAAUAGGAACUGUUCCAUUAUCAGACACUACAAUAAAAAAAUCGUCGUAUCAUCCGUUGCCAUCUAAUGUAGAGGAAAAGAGUAUUCCUUACCCUUUCUUUGAAAAUCCGUCAGAUAAAGUAUAUCUUACAGAUAUGGGAUAUUUACAACACAUGUUACCCACAGCACCACCGUGGGAGGAAGAUGCAGAUAUCCCCUGACCAACAAGAUAUAUAAACAUUUCGACUUGACAAAUGUCUCAUUACUACAGAAGAAAAAUCCAUGUCAUUAAAAGCAUGUCAUUGUGAGGAAGGAUUGACACAGAACUAAUGGUCCAAUACUAACACAUCAUAGUACUUUGUCGUGGGAUUGUACAUCAAAGAAUACAGAAUCACGAUUUGUUUUGAUUACAAUCUCUGUGUUCAUGUAUCUUGGUUCACUACAUACAUAUUUCAUAUUAAGCUUUUGUCAUUGCAAGUUUUUUUCUGCAAUAAAUAGCAAAAACUUUAUUUUACAGACUGUGUUUCAGAGACUUGGACUCUAAAAAGUUUCCAUUUAUAAUGUAAUGUAAUGAAAUGAUAGAUAAUGAAACGUUUUCCAUAGUGUGUAUAUAAAACUGUGUUGGGCAAUAUUUUGUGUAGUACAUGUACAAGUACGGAUGGAUAAACAUGUAUUUCUAUGUAGUUUUAGUCCAAUGAUUUUCAAAAUUCUUGACACUUAAUUAAUAAUAAUAAAUAAGAAUGGCAUUUCCACUCAAGACUAGAAUGGCAUAUUUUUUUUACCAUUGUACCAAUUAUCUUAAAAGCUUUAAUGUUUGUUUUAUAUAUGAACUCAGUUGUGCUACUUGAAAUUAAAAAAAAACUUUAUUUGAAAGAAAUGAUGAAUAUGUGUUCAUGUAGUGAAGUAUACUAGAUUAAUCAGGUUAUUUUAUUCUUCUUCAAAACUAAAUCACCAUCAGGAUUAUGGGUAAUUCAAUUGUUCUUACCUCAAAAGGGAAAAGAACAUGGCAUCAUUUAAUGAAUAUCUAUUGUUUGUGACAUGUAAAACAAGCACAAAAGUUUUGGUAUAUUUUUUUUCUGUAUAUUCUCAGAAUUGCAUAAACUAAAGUGUUAGCUGACUAAAAAUAAAGGUCAUACUGUUUUGUCAACAGCCAGUUUUUUUUGUUAAAGAAAUUUGGUAGUUUUUACUAUUAAAACUCUUGUUAAAUAUUUUAUGCAGCAGAAGUGUUUCUAUGAUACGGUUACAGACAGGCCUUGUCAAGAGCUAUCCAAAUUGUCUGAAAUAAACGUUCUUUAAAGUUACAGAAAGCCCUGCUGUAAAUAUUAAAACUGUUUAAUGUAAAUAGUUGUUUUUGUUGGAGUUAAUUCUUGUUAAUUUUAUGUUGUAAAUUAUCAAUGAAGUUCAAAUCAGCUGUGAUAUAAUGCCAAAUAUAGUAACUAAUGUAGUUGUCAUGUGAUCGUCACAUGGUCUUCUUUUGAAGCAUAAUAUAUAAGUGCUUAUGUGUUCAGUCAGUUUUGUUUUGUAUGUUUAGUUGUAAAAUGAACGUUUCUUUUGUUGAAAGAUAAGUUUUCCAUAUAAAAGUAUAUUUUAUGUCUUUAAAACUUGAAAAAUCUUCAGUUUCGAAUUUUAUUUGUUAUUUUAAUUACUAGUAAUGUAACUUUUAAAUCUAAAAGUGAAAUUUCAUUCAUCAAUCUCUUUUAACAUAUCAAUAAUCCAUAAUUAAGAGCUAUUAAGAUUUAGCUGGUUUAGAUUGAAUUGGUUUAAUUGUUUGUAAUACAUUGAUAAUGAAUGCCAUGUAUGCGUAGUUAUAAGUGACCUUUUAGGUCUUGCAGCUACUUCUACCAACUAAUAUACAUUCUUCAAAUAAUGUCUAAAUAGAAUAUUGACUGCUUAUUAUGUAGAUGUUAUAUAUCUGUAAAUGUUUAUUUCUGUAAACAGCAGGUUAUUUUUAAAUGGUAUUACAAAUUUUAACAAAUAUUUUAUUAGACUAAACAAUUUUAUUCCUUUUUUUUUUUACUUUAAGUGCAUGUAAAAUAUCUGGAUGCAUAGAUAUUUAUGCCAGAAAUUGAGGAUGAAUCUGAAUGUGUUAAUAACUCUUUUUAUUAACAGUUUGAAAAGUGGAAAACUCUUACAGUUAUCUCAGUUUCUUCAAUUAAUUAGAUAUUAAGAACCGACUUAGUUGUAAUGAACGUUUUUGCCGAUGUAUUUUUGCUUUUAAAACAAUCUUCAUUCACUUAAUAGUGAAAAGCCUAAGCAACUUUACAGUAUACAUAUACUUUUAAAGAUAAUGUGCGUGUAAAUGUAAACAAAUCAGUCCUACAAUAAACGGUUAAUAUAACUGGAAUGAGAAGUCUAUUGUUUUGAUGAAGCUCAGCAUUAGGAUUGUUUACUUCAAGAAUAAUCUAAUAUGAAAUAAACAAUGAUGUACAAGAAUUCUAUUGUUUUGAUGAAGGACAGCAUUACGAAGCUUUAUUUCAAGAAUAAUCUAAUAUGAAAUAUACAAUGAUGUACAAAUUACAACGAAAUUACAAUGUAUCAUAGAUUUAUGAUAAGUAGCUUAACAAGUUGAAAAUAUCUAUUAAAUGGAGGGUACUUUAGUGUUCAAGUUAGACACGUGUAUGUCAUAUUUGACCAAGGAUCUCCAGUAAAAUUGUUCUAUAAAAUAUCAAUAACAUAAUACCACCAGGCUUCAUUAGAAAAAUAAUAAUAAAUUGGGUAUCCAAGAACCAGAUUUAAAAUAUAAUGACUUUCACUUGUUGAAAAUAGCCUGCUGCUAUAUAUAUAGUACUGCUUGUAUAAAGUACUAGCAAAUGUUUUAUGUAACAACUAGUCCAUGUGUCUUCCAUAUAUAGUUGACAAAUCAAAAGAAACAGAGAACUGGAAAUGUUUACACCAGAAAAUACUGGUUUUCAAUGUCAUAACUUUACAAGAGUCCUGGAAAGUUUUAAAACCUUUAUAGUUGGAAUAUGAUUAUAAACCUACAAAACCUUAUUGUAUUUGUCAAACAAUUUUCUGUAUAAAACUAAUAUCAAGAAUUGGUCAUAAAUAAUUUACGUAACAUAAUGUGAAAUAUUCUAGUGUUCGGAAUAGUGUUAGAACUGGUGUCUGUAUAUUGAUAGUUUUAAUGCCAGUUUUAUUCAGUGUAAGCCUACAUAUCUCAUCAUAUACAUUACAUGACACAUUAAUCUGUUAGUUUCAUCCUGACAGGUUAUUCAUCCCAUUAAAUUCUUGUUUUAUUCAAGAACCAUAACUCUUGAGUUGUUAAUAUUAUGUCUGUUUCAUUGUAUGUCAUUACUUGUAAUGCAAUAUGAUAUGUUCAGAUAUGGUCAAAUAAAAUAAUUUAUAUUGUA